CCGAUUCGCGUGCCCAGUGUCCUUGCUCCUCUUCCUCCUCUUCGUCCAUUCCUCGUCAUCUACCAUGGAUAUUUCAUUUGCAUUGACUGGGAAGGGCUAUGUCAUUGUUGCGGCGGACACCGUUGCGGCGCGGUCUAUCGUGAAGAUGAAAGUGGACGAGGACAAGAUCAAGGUCCUCAGCCCUCACCUCCUCAUGGCAUACUCUGGCGAGCCAGGCGACACUGUACAGUUCGCUGAGUACGUCGAGCGUAACAUCCGUCUCUACCAAAUCCGGAACACCCAUGCCCUCCGUCCUCCCUCCGCCGCAUCAUGGAUUCGCCGUACCCUCGCAGAUUCCCUUCGCUCUCGCAAGCCGUAUGCGGUGAACCUCUUGGUCGGUGGCUAUGACACCAGCACACACAAUCCCCACCUAUACUGGAUAGAUUACCUCGGCACCAUGUCAGAGGUGCCAUUUGCCGCGCACGGCUAUGGUGCGUACUUCGCUCUCAGUUUACUUGACCGCUACCACGACCCUGAGGCGUCAGUGGAGGAGGGCCUCGCCACUCUGAAGAGGUGUAUCGACGAGGUCGCGAAGCGGUUGGUUGUCAACCCGGAGAAGUACAAGGUGAAGAUUGUAGACAAGGACGGCGUGCGGGAGGUGGAGAUCUGAGCGUGCAUAGUCGCGGACGUUCAUCCUUUGUCUAUUGUUGUAUUGUAGCAAUGAAAUGGAGCAUACCAUCUACUUUGAAGUCUGGUCAGACGCGGUGGGUCCGGUUCUAGAAGUUUGGUCUCGUUCGUCUACAUCCUUGGCUUGCGAGU